AGGCAUAGGAAUUAAUGUAUUUAUGUGCGUCUUCCAUGCUUCGUAGUAAGGAUAUUGGGGAUACUUAUUUGAUCAUGUUCAUUGUGUAGCCCAUGGGGUGAAUGUUGAUCCUGAAAUCCAAACGCUUGCAUUGAAUACAUGGGAUGCUCUAAACCUCCUGUGAAGGUUGGACCUAGGCAAACAAUUCAUGCACAUGAGGAGAUUGAAGCUCUGUUGACUGGUAGAAAGCUUACGACCAUAGUGUUUUUCUUGGAUGAGAUGUUUAAAGAAAUUACAUACAACAUGGCAACAACUGUUGCUGAUGCUAUGAAGGAACUUGCAGGGAUCAUCAAGCUUUCAGCACCAUCUAGUUUCAGUCUAUUUGAAAGCAAACAAGUUGUCAUUUGUACUAAGUCACCUGACCUUGGCAACGUUAUCUUAUGUGCAGGUGAGUUUAAGGUAGUGACCAGUUGAUUGAAGCAUUAUAUUACAUUCCCUUUGAUUUCAGUGGUAAGUUCAUCUUCUUUGUUUCAAAUUCAGUACUUCAUGGUAAUUUUUGUUUUUCCCAUGCCAGUUGCAACAUAAUUGUAUUUUGGGGAAUUAUCCUGU